AUGAUCCCAACACGGGACCUGAUAGAGAUGGUGCGAGUACGUCGCUGCCUGUGGGACCGCAAAUUCCUGGAGUACAGAGACAAGGCAGCCAAGGACAGGGCUUGGGAUGAGAUCUAUAAGAAAUUUGAACCUAAUUUCGACUCAUUUAAUCAAGCGAAGAAGAGUUUCAUCGGCAACACCAUCACAAGUAAAUGGCACAACGCGCGAGACUCAUACGUCAAAUCACGCAAAGGUGGCUCCAGAAAUAAGCCGUACCUCUAUUCCGAAGAACUCAGCUUUCUUGAAGAAACUCUUAACGUAAAAAAGAAUAAUAAAUCUUACAAUUCAGUUGAAGAAGUCGAUGAAGCAGAAAAUGAAGAAUCACAAAACUGGAUCAACGAAGUUUUCGUAGAUAUUGAUGAAAGUGCUACAGAAAAUGAAAACACAGCUAAGAGGCGAAAGAUAGAGUAUGAUGUUAAUACCUCUCAAAGCCCCAAAGAAACCCCCAAAGAGGACUGUGACGAUAACAUAGUGUCCGUCCUUGUCAACCUCAUACAGAAAGAAGAAGACGAAGAUAGAGCUUUCUUUAAAUCAAUUACACCGUCAGUAAAAACGUUGUCUGAAAGUUCAAAGUUCGAGUUCAGGAUACAAGUAAUGAAAUUGAUCAAUAGUCUUAAAAUGAGAGAUGCUAAAAUGAUCAAAUUGAAGAGAGAACGGACUUCUACUGUAGAAAGUGAUAGUGAUUAG